AUUAAUAACAAAAGAAAAAAAGAAAAUAUUAAAUAAAGAAAAAAUGAAAAUUAUAACUUUAUGUGGUCUCGUCCUUCAAUGGACGAUAAUAACAGCGGAAGAUCCCAAAAGCACUCAAGUCAAUGAAGUCAAUCCUGACGGUUCAUUUCAAUUUGGUUAUCAAAAUAAAGAUCAAGGUGGACAUUAUCAUCAAGCAAGUGGUCAUCCAGCGAUUAAAAUUCGCGGUCGUUAUGGAGCUAGAAGUCCAAUAAAUGGUCGAGUUGAUGAAGUUGUCUACACAGCUGGUCCACGCGGAUUUCGAGCACGUGGUGCCAACAUUCACAGGAAACAAGAUUUAUCGCAAGCUCCAAAGCUUCCAGUUGGAUCACCAACUGAUCCCUUAGCUGAUCCUUAUGACGAUCCUAGCUAUUCAUUUGGAUUUAAAUCCAAGAAACAUUCAAGAAGGGAAGAAUCUGACAGUUCGGGAAAAGUUCAUGGUGAAUUCAUUUACGUUGAUGAUGUUGGAGAGAAGCAUGGAGUGAAGUACAAAGCUGGUGCUAACACUGGGUUUGAAGUUGAAAAUGGACUCCCCGAUGCAUCAAACAGCAUUCGAUACAACAAACCGUUAUAUCGAGCAGAACCAACAGCAAGGGGACGAAUAACUUUUGAACGUGGACCUGAUCGACAGUACAAAUUUCUCACAUCAAGUCCGGAUCAACGACGAGCUGAAACUACCGGCCCUGAUGGUGUAACUCGUGGUUCAUAUUCAUAUCUCGACGAUAAAGGAGUUCAACGAACAGUGAAGUACAUUGCAGGGGCUGGAAUUGGUUACAAAGUCGUGGAAUCUACUGUUGGACCUGGAACUCAUGUUGCAGCUAAUUCAGAUGUACCUGAAAAUUCAAUCAAAGCAGUUUCAAAUGAAAUUGCUGUUGCUGAUAGAGACGAUGAAGUUCAUUACCAUACUGGACCUUCAGCACCAUCUGGACCUGGUUUUGUAUCAAGUACAGUUGCACCACCAACUUCUUAUGAACACACAACCCCUUCACCAUAUCUUCCAUCAGUAACAUCAACGCCAUACACACCCACAACUUAUGCACCAACACACACGCCAUCUGUUUACCCAUCAACUCCAUUCUCAACAGUUUCUCCUUAUCCAUCAACUUUAUUUUCAACGGUAGGCCCACAUCCAUCAACGCCACGACCGUUUGCACGACCCAGCCCUGACCCGGUUUUUGUGACAACGCCAAGCACUAUCGGUGGGAUUGAUAGAAAUCAAUUGUCACCGCAUACUUUCCCGAGUGGUGGACCUUCACCAUUAGCACCGUCAGCGCCAUCAGGUUCGGGUGAGGUUGACAUUAUUUAUGGAUUAUUACCACCUAAAGAAGAACCUUCGUUUGCACCCCAUUAUGCGUCACCGCCUUCAGGUCCCUUACAGGUUGUCAUCACACCAGCACCUCCAUUACACCAAUCAGCUUCACCAACACCAGCAGUUUUAUAUCCACCAACGCCAACAUAUCUUCCAACAGCAGAAGAAGGUCCACGACCUCAUCCUUAUGUUCCACCAGUACUUGAACAUUAUCAUCCACAUCCAGAAGCUACUAACGCUCUCAUUCAGAACACUAGCAAUGGAUGGUUUUAUGGCAUUCCACCGGGUGCUGCUGUCAGAGCUCAUAUUCAAAACAUAGACUUGAUACCAACACAUAAUCGUGCUUUAUCACCAUCUGAAGCACUUCGACUUGAUGAAGAGAGAGAAGCGUCACGACAUUACAGAAGUCACCAAAAUUCCCAUCCUCGAGUGUGA